GCUUUCAAAACAUAAUUGACAUUUGUUUUGGUGUUGCGGGAGAGACGUAGUGAAAGUUGUCCUCCGGUUCUCCCAAAAUGCUAAGAAGUAAACCGAAUGCUUCAGUAGGAUUAGCGAAGAGUAAGAGACGAUUGUAACUUAUCGACAUCGAGUUACUCUGCUUUUCCCAAGUAGUGGCUUAAAUUUUUACAUACAUUUCCUUUCGAGUUCAUCACUUUCCACACAAUCAUUCCAUUAUCAGUAACAAGUGUUCUUCUUUCUAAUUUAAUUCUUGUGACCUCUUCAUUUCUGUCUGGUGUCACUUUCCGGCAAACAUCAAAAUGGAAAUUGAUAGGAAGUUUAUCAAUGUCAUAAUCCUGGGAUUGGCUUUUAUGCUGAUCUUUACAGCAUUCCAGACAAUGGGCAACAUUCAGCAAACAGUGAUCAAAAGCAUAACUCAAGAGGAUCCAACUUUCAAAGCGGAUGGCUUCACUAGUCUUGCCAUCAUUUAUGCAGUCCUAUCCAUUUCAAACUGGAUUUCUCCAUCUAUCAUCUCCGUCAUUGGACCAAAAUGGUCUAUGCUAGUUGGAGGUUUCUUUUACUCGCUUUAUAUCGCGAGUUUCUUUCUACAGCAAAGUUGGGCUCUUUACACCUGUUCAGCUCUCCUCGGAUUUGGAGCGGCUCUUAUAUGGACAGGACAGGGAAACUAUUUAACGCUUAAUUCCGAUGGCACCAAUAUUUCCAGAAAUUCCGGUGUAUUUUGGGCAGUUUUCCAAUGCAGUUUUCUCUUCGGAAAUUUGUUCGUUUUCUUUUUGUUCCAAGGAAGAGAACAAAUCGAUCAGGGAACACGUACCAUUUUGUACGGUGUUUUGUUGGUAGUUGGCACGCUAGGACUCUUAUUGGUCCUUGUAUUACCAGCGAUGAAAGAUUCCGAUGCAUCCAGAAAUUCGAAAUCCAAUGAUGGAGCCGUGGCAACUCGCGGAGCACAGCCUACUCAAGGCCCAUUGGAUGCAUUUUUAAGAUCAAUUAAACUCUUUUUCACAAAAGAUAUGGGUCUUCUUUCCGUCGCAUUCUUUUAUAUUGGUAUCGAGUAUUCCUUUUUAAGUGGCGUCUACAGCUCAAGUAUUGGAUUUACGCUCGAAUUUGAAGACAGUAAACGACUGGUUGGUUUAUCAGGAAUUUUCAUUGGUGUCGGUGAAAUUGCAGGUGGAGCCCUGUUUGGAAUUCUUGGAUCAAAAACUGUUCGAUAUGGCCGUGAUCCGAUUAUUCUUACUGGAUUUCUAACACAGGCCGUUGGCUUCUUUAUCAUCUUCCUCAACAUUCCAGAUAAUGCUCCCUUCGGGGAUACUACUGACACUGCAUUCAUUACAAGCAGUUCAUUUUUAGCCAUUUUGAGCAGUUUCCUGGUAGCUUUUGGUGAUGCUUGCUUCAAUACGCAAGUCUAUAGUAUUCUUGGAGGCAUUUACCCAAAUGAUAGUGCGCCAGCAUUUGCGCUAUUCAAAUUCGUUUCGUCAUUGGCGUCUGCUGCUAGCUUUUUCUACAGCCCAUACAUAGGAAUCCAUCCGCAGUUGAUAAUAAUUGGAGUUUUGUUAUUCGCUGGAACAAUCUGUUUUUGGCUUGUCGAGUGGCGCAGUGUUUAUAAGAAAGCGCACUUGAUAGAGACGAGUAAUCCCGAUUCCGCAGUCGAUAAGGAAUUUGAUUAAAUUAUGUUACAUUCAGAUUCUAACUUUUUUUUUAAUGGUGAGGGCUGAUGAGACGGAAACUGGAUUUUUAAAAAGAUGUAAUACACAUAUUUUAUGCAAA